UUUCAUCUCUAGUUUUCAAGUCAAAUGUCGAACUAGUGAAUUUUUUCCUUUUUUUCCUUUUGCUUCAGCAGCGUCAAUAACUGCAGAAAUUAUAAUAUCGCUAAAUAUUUGAUAGUUAGUUAUUCAAACGAGUUGGCAAUUUGAGCAAUGUCGAAUCAUUGGGCAUUGGCCUGGGCAGCAGGCGCAACGGUACCGGCUCCACAGCCGAGCAUGCCUCCGCCAUUGCCUAGUGCCCCACCGCCGCCACCGCCAAGUGAUCAGCCAUCGGCGACGGUAGCGACUCCUGCAACGGUAAUGCCGGUAUCAUAUGGAGUUACUCCAGUAGCGGGAGCUGCAGCGUCAUCUCAAUCAGCCAAUCCAUAUGAACAAUAUACGCCAGCUCAAUAUGCAGCCAUGACGCCGGAACAGCAGUAUGCCUUACAGCAGCACUGGCAACAGUGGCAGGCGUAUCAGCAAGAAUAUGCUAAAUGGCAUGCCCAAUAUGGAGAGCAAUAUAAACGUGAAAUGGCAGCUGCAGCGACUACAGGAACUACAGCAGCUGCGCCAGUAGCUACAGCAGCAACCCAACCAAUAGCUACACCAGUUGUAGUGCCAGUGGCAGCCCCACCAGCAAAUCCACCAGUGCCCCAAGUAGCACCACCUGGCCCUCAAGCCUAUCCUCCAAGUAAUCCAUACUAUACAUCAUCAGUACCGGCAGUCGGUGUUCAAGUUUUGCCUCCAAAUGCUAGCAAGAUUACAGCUCAGCCUCAAAUUUAUAAUCAACCGCCACCUCCGCCGAUGCCCCAGGAAUCGUGGUCACACCAGAAACACACAGCGCCGGCACCAAACCAAUAUUAUACACAGCCUGCUGUCCCUUCUGCUGGUAGGGCCGAUGAUCAAUCAUCUGGUUUUGCUAAUUUGCAGCAACCACCCCCAUUUGUGGGAGGUGAGAUUGGAGAUCCCAAACUAAAGCAUCCACCACCCAAUCUAUGGAGGGGCGGCCAAGGCCAAGGACCGGGUCCGGGACAAGGUGGAGGAACCUGGGAAGGCGGUCCACCUAAAAGAGAUGGGCCCCCGAAAAAUCAUUGGAAUGAUUCAAACAAUAGUAACUUUGGCACCGGUGAAGGCGGUAGACCGGGACGUUGGAGCAAUGAUGGACCUGGUUCACGCUGGAGUGGACCACCCAGCAAUAGCGAAGGUGGUACUGCUACCGGUACCAGUGGCGGAGAAUCACGAGGCUGGAAUUCCCGCAAUGAGGGAAACAGCGAAGGCCGCUGGAGAGGACCCAACGAUAAUGAAACAAUCGGAGGAGGAGGAUCUGGACGAUGGAAUGGCCCACAUAAUGCUGGAAGUGGACGAAAUGGUCCAUCCGAUUCCGCAGGCGGAGGAAAUGCGUCAUCAAAUGAACCAGUUCGCGGUGGUGGUUUUGGUGGAAGUAAUAACAAACAGCGCCGUUGGGAAGAUGAUGAAAAUCGAUCAAGUUCGAAUCGCUGGCAGUUUAAUAGCCAAGACAAGGACAACAAUCGAAAGAACUGGAACGAUGGCGAUGAUGAUGGUGGUGGUGUUGGAUCUAAUCAACGGAACACAACUAAUCCCUUUAAUACUAAUAAUCCACCCCAAUCAUCGAAUGAUUAUGGCUCUUAUGAGAACAAUUCUAGAGGCGCCGGCAAUCGAGACAAUUUUGGACGCAAUGGACCGAAAUCAAGUGACUCGAACUAUGGAAACAAUCAAAAAUCGAGUCAAGAUGGUCCCGGCUUUGAAAUGCGUACCGACUUUGGGAAUUUUGGUCGUGGACGCUGGGAUGGUGGUAACCAACAGCAACAACAGAAUCAGCAGCAACGCGGAGGUGGUGUUGGAGGAAGUGGUGUUGGAGGAGGUGGUGUUGGAGGAGGUGGUGUUGGAGGUGGUGUUGGAGGAGGAGGCGGUGGUGGUGGUAGUAACGAUGGUGGGUUUCGCAGUCAAUUUGGUAACAACCCACAACAGCAACCGCAACGUGGCUCUGAUUUGAAUGAGGUGAAUUUCGAUCGCUUGUUCUAUCAGUGGGAGCAACAGUUCGAAAACUGGAAGCGAGAAAACGCCAAUCAUCCAGAUCGUGAAGAAUAUCGUCGAUAUGAGGAGGAGUUUGAGAAGCAGCGACGUAACAUUGCUGAGAAAUGCGAGCAAAUGCGUCGUCGCCGUCAAAUGCAACAGCAAAGCCCACAAACUAGUGGAGGUGGAGGUGGUAGUGGUGUUGGUGUUGGUGCUGGUGGUGUGGGAGGCGGAAGCGGAGGAGAUUUCGGAGGUAACAGUGGCAGAUACCAAGAACCUGAUACAACCAAGGAUGGAAAUGCUUCUAAAGAUUCUGAUUCACGUGACCUUGUAAAAGAAACAUUUUCUAGAUCUGGACAUGGCCGAGUUGGUCAAAGUAAACCAGACGAGUCGUCUGUGUCGGAUGCUCCUAAAUUUAUGGAACCUCCAUUAAAUCAACAAAAGCAGCAGAAUCCACAAUCCCAGAAACUAUCUCAACCAUCAAUGAGUUUAGGCAAGCGCAAAUAUGAAGAAAGCAUCACCAAUGAGAAAAAUCAGAGUAUGCUGGCCACAGCAUCCAAGCAGGUGAAGCCACAGGAAAAUAUUAUAACCAUAUCGCUGGAUGACGAUGAUGAUGAGGAUGAUGAUGAUGCUAACAAUGGCGGCGGUAAAGGAGAUAAUGAUGAUGAUAACGCUACUGCUGCUGACCGAGGUGAUGGCAAUGCAAAUCCGGACCACCAUGAAACGCCCAUGACAAACAUAUUCAAGAAAAGCGAGGGUAUUCCUGGUCUGGAUUUAGUGGAAGGUGAUGCCAAAUCGUCUAAACCAAUUGCCGAUAUAGCUGAGGGAAUGAAGGAUACUGAAUUUAUCAAUAAUCUUUCCCAGGCCGUGGCCCAAGCCAGUGGCAACGGUAAACCACAGGGAACUAAAGAUGAUCCAAAACAAUCAAAGUUAAAUGAGCCAGGUAAUGAAGGCGGCGCCAUUUGUUUUACUGGAUGGCUAAAGAAAAGAAAAAAUGGUGGCGACGGCGGUGGCAACAAAUCGUCAGAAAGUGAGCAGAAAAAACCGGAUGAGUCCAUUGAAUCGUCAGAACGUAGAGGUGAAGGCAACAUGCCAGGUCGUGGACUUAAUCAACGAGGCGGCGCCGGUGUUAGAGGCAAUUUUAAUGAUUACGGACCAGGUGGUGGUCCGGGCAAUGGUCCGCAAGGUGGCCCGCAAGGAAUGGGAAAUAACUUUAAUGAUUUCGGACCAGGUGUUGGUCAGGGCGGUGGUCCGCAAGGAAUGGGAAAUAACUUUAAUGAUUUCGGACCAGGUGGUGGUCCGCAAGGAAUGGGAAAUAACUUUAAUGAUUUCGGUGGCCCUCCAUUUAAUUCCCGUCCGCCGUUUAAUUCCAACAACUUUGAUAUGAAUGAUCCUCGUCAGUUUGGUCCGAAUAAUUUUGGACCCAACAACAACAAUUUUGGACAUGGACGCCGAUUUAAUGAGCCACAUCGCGGUGAUCCCAAUUACGGUCCUGAUUAUCGAGGUCCUGGUCCUGGUGCCGGACCCGGACCUGGGCCAUUUGGUGGCCCCUUUGGAAAUAAAUUUGGACCGAAUAACAAUAACAAUAAUAACUCAAAUCAACAUCCGAAUAAUGAUAAUCCAUUUCGACGCCAAGGUGGUGGAAUGCCAAUGCCCAAUUUCGAUGAUGGUCCAGGUCCUGGCCCUGGCCCUGGCCCCGGCCAUGGAGGUAAUGGUGGCUUCCGUGGUGGUCGUGGACCCCAUCCCAAUGCUCGACAAUUUGGACAACAGCAACGAAACAAUUUCGGCGGCCACCCUGGGAAUCAAAACCGAAAACAUGGACCCAAUGGAGAUGAACACACGAUCAAUCAGCAAUCGCAUCCGAAUGAGCCAGUCUAUCGACCAAUGCAAGUGUUUGAUUAUAAGAAUAGCAAUACGGCAGCCAAGGUUAUCGAUUAUGGUCACAAAUCAGUGGAAACAGGUCCUCGGAUCAGUCCUGGACUUGGACCUGGCUCUUGUUUGCCACCCGAACCCGAUUUUAGGCCAGUGAAAACAUUUGAGUAUGGACAUGCCUCGCGUAAUAUACCGAUGACACCUAUUCUGGAUCAAGGAAUGGGGAAUGUAGGACCUGGUUUUAGAGGAACCGGAGGACCACUGCCAACAAACAACAACACCAGCAACAACAACAACAGUAACAAUGUAAAUAGCAAGAGGAGAAAUAGAAAAAAAAAUAAAAAAGAGCGUCAACAGGCUCGCAUGCAAAUGCAUUUAAAUCGCCAAUUGCAAUCGGUACCGUCAGCCGAAUCCGAUGAAAUCAUUCAAAAUAAUGCUCAAACUACUAUCGAGAAGCCAUCAAUCGCUGAACCUCAAGCGGAGGAUAGUCAUGAAAUGAUGGCCAAUGAUGCCAGCAAUCAGGCAACCGAGGAUCUCGAGGAUAUAUCCGAUGGGGAAGAAAAUCUAUUGCAGGAACACACAAUUCCAAUUCCAGCAACGUUACAGCACCAGGAGCAGCAGUCAGCUCCAUCUGAAGCUGAACCGCCAGCGGAUCUGUCUGCAAUCCAGCCGGCUAAAGUGCAACUGCCUGAGUUCUGUGUGCCUACCAAUGAAAAUUUCAAUACCAUAUCCAUUGAUGAGGUGCUAAUCCAGCCAGGACGCUUAACGCGACCCAAACGUAUGUGUAUCAUAUUGCGCGGCCCUCCCGGUAGCGGUAAAUCAUAUGUAGUCCGCUUGAUCAAGGACAAAGAAGUCGAAAUGGGUGGCUCUAAUCCUCGUAUACUCAGCAUUGAUGAUUAUUUCAUCAUUGAGAAUGACUAUGACGAAAAAUGCCCAAAGACAGGCAAAAAGAUACCUAAAAAAGAGAUACUAUAUGAAUAUGAUGAAACCAUGGAGGAGACUUAUAUGCAAUAUUUGAUUAAAUCGUACAAGAAAACUCUUAGCGAUAAUCUACAUGAUUUCAUAAUUGUAGAUUGCAAUAACAAUUCCUUGCGUACAUUGAAUGAAUUCUAUUGUCAUGCUAAAGAUGCCAAUUUUGUGCCCUACAUUGUUGACCUGCACUGUGAUCUGGAAACCUGUCUGGGUCGCAACUCUCACAAGCGUAGCGAGAAGGAUAUACAAUUGGUUUUGGAUAAUUGGUGUGCCACACCAUUGCAUUACAUCAAACUAGAUGUGACCUCAUUGCUGGAGAAUGUGGUUGAAAUGGAAGAUGUUGAGAAUAUGGCUACGGAUGACAAUGCCUUCAAUGAAGAUUCCACAUCGGUUUCUACAGGACCGGCAACAACCAAUCCACAUGACAUCGCCGAAGAGGAUGAUAGCAAUAGCGCUGAUGCUUUGAAUAGUUAUGGCUUUUUGAAAAGUAAAUGGGAAAACGAUACCAGCAAAGAUAGUCUAGCCCGUUUGGAUGGCACAAAGCAUUUACUGGGAAAGCGUAAAACCAGCAUGGCUGACUAUUUGCAAAUAGAUGAUUGGAUACCGCCUUCAAGUAGUAGCAAUGGCAAGAAACGUGUACGAUGGGCUGACAUUGAGGAGAGGCGUGCCCAGGAAAAAAUGCGCGCCAUCGGAUUUGUGGUUGGACAAACUGAUUGGAAGCGCAUGAUGGAUCCGAAUGCUGGCAAUCGAGCGCUUAACAAAACCAAAUUUAUUGAGCGUGUUAAUAAACAGCGACGUUAGGCUAAAACGCAUCCAUCCAUCCGGCCCGCCCGGCUCACUGGCUCACCAAAUGGCAAACAGAAUUUCUGUAAUUACACGGUCCAUAUAAUACAAUGAUUGCAUGCUGCACCCUCAAGUGGUGGGUUAACCAAGUAUCAUUACCAUUACAACAUUCAAUCCAUUUCCAAGCAACAAUUUUUACAAUUGUGCUCAAUUUUGAAAUAUAAAAAAGUCUAUAUAUAUAUAUAAUUUUAUAGACCUUUACACACAUACACAAUGAUAUCUCAUUUAGAAAUCGAAAAAUAACGACAAAAAUCAACUCAUACACUCAACACAAAUUAUUAUCAUUAGAGUUUACAUAUAUAAAAAUGUAUGUGACAAAUCUGUAUAAAGAAUAAAUACUACAAUUUUAUACAA